CUGACAUUAACACUCUACCUUCAAAGACCGCUCUCGAUCUCACACGCUUGCUCAUGGCUAGCCCGCCGCACUGGGCCUCAUUGCUCGUCAACAACCUCACAUCGAUCUUCCCAAGGAGCCAUGUCACCGUGGGACGCGAAAUCAAUCAGGUUCCCGGAGCGUGAUACAUGACAUCUCAGACCACACAAGGCUUGUCCAUGUCCCUAUGAUAGCCGAGAGUAGCGAUUAUGGUUUCGCUUUUAGUUGAGAGCUGGACCUGGUUCGCCAUUGUCAUGGUCGUUGCAAUCUGCCGAGCAAUUUCACGCCGGAUGACUUUGGGCACGUUCAGACGCUUCCAGGUGGACGAUUAUGGAAUGGUCGUAGUCCUCUGCUUCUACACAGUCUUCGUAGUCACCCUCAAUCUCGAAACAGACACAGAGUCCAACUUGCUGCCGCCCGGCUUCGAUGCCAGCACAUUAACGCCUGACGAUAUCGCUAAGAGGGUAUACGGCAGCAAGCUGAUCCUUGCGGUCGAACAAUGCCAAUGCAUUGUCAUUUGGGGUGCCAAAUCGUGUCUGAUCAUCCUAUACCUUCGCCUCACAUCUCUACGCAUGGAAAACUAUGCUGUCAAAGCGCUUUCCGUGUUCGUGGGAUUUUCAUUCGUCAUCAUGGAAGUCCUGUAUUUCGCUGUCUGGUGUCAGCCUUUCUGGGAGUAUUGGGCUGUACCGACUAACAACAUCCAAUGCAGCGCCGCCAUCAAUCAUUUGAUCACGAACGCAGUCUUCAAUCUCACUUCGGACUGCGUCAUGCUGGCGAUAGGCCUACCAAUGUUUUGGAGACUCCAUUUGCCGUGGCGGAAACAGCUACCCCUACUACUAAUCUUCGCUGGCGGUGGUGUCUUUGUGUUAGUUUGUGCCAUACUCAACAAACUCUACUCCUUCACUGAGCCAUUCGGAGCUGCAUGGACGUUCUGGUAUGUUCGAGAGAGCUCAACAGCGUUACUGGUUGCAAAUCUGCCUUUUCUGUCGACUCUCCUCAAACGCGUGUUCGGCUCGAAAAGCGGCUCGGACGAAUUCGUCGGACGACCGGCAAUCUCGGCACGAUACGUCCUCGACGGUCACAGUUCAGGCUCGCCGCAGGCAGAUCAAGACUACACUAUUGAGGUUUCCUCGGAAAGCGACCCUCAAGUACACAUGGAUGGAAAGGCUCACAGGUCCUAUGGGAAUGUGAUGCAUUCCGGAACAUUGUCGGAUAAAGGUGUGCGACGAGGUUCGGGUGGUUCUCAUGACACUCCAGAUGUCCUGCUACAGGCAUCUCGGCGGGCUAUUAGCCUGCCAGUCGCAGAUCUGUCGAAGCCCAGGUAAAUGCAUAUUCACGCAGGUGCCAAGAUUACCAUAAGUCGGCAGAUAUAAAACUUACAAGCCAAGCGACGAAGUCUUGUCAAGAAACUGGCAUCUUCACCGAACAGCGAUAAUUGAUCGAUAUCUUUGUACAAGAUGUUUCAAGACGCUGCUUGAAAGUUUUCGGAGGCCUACCUUCCUCAGCGGGUA